CCACCAUACCCUCCACUUCCAAACCAUCACCACCACCACCUCAACCACCAUUACCAAAAUGGAAGACAGACCCCUCCCCGCAGCCAGCACCGACCUCUCCACCCUAACAGCCCUCGAAUCCUCCCCCUCCCUCCUCUUCCCAACAUUCACUUCCACCACCGCCUACACCCUCGGCCAGGCCCUCCGCACCCGAAUCCUCUCCCUCCCACCCGCGCAACGCAAACCCGCCCUAAUCAGCAUCUCCCUCUCCGGCUUCCCCACACCCCACAUCGUCUUCCAAUGCGCCACGGAACCCGGUACCGUCGCGGAUAACGAGGAAUGGGUGCGGCGGAAACGGAAUACCGUGUUGCGGUGGGGCGUGUCGAGUUGGUUGAUGCGGAAUAAGAUGUUGAGUAGUGGGGUGGACAGCAAGGGGGUGGAAGCGGGGUUUGUGCGGAAGUUUGCCCUGGUGAGUUCGGGGGGUGGUGGGGUGGCGGAUGAUUAUGCGAUUCAUGGUGGGGGGUUCCCGGUGAGGGUGAGGGGGGUGGAUGGGGUCGUGGGGGUUAUUGUCGUGAGUGGGUUGAAGCAGGAGGAUGAUCAUCAGGUGAUUGUGGAGGUGGUGAAGGAGUUUAUUGCCCAGGGGGGGCAGUAG